AUGAUGCAAAUGUCAAACAGACAACAGGGUGUUGAUCAAGUUGGUGCUGGCACAGUGACAGCAUCAUCUUGGUCAGCUUCAUCUUGCACUUCAACUUCUACUUCUACCGUUGGCGACUCAAGAGAUCGACCCCAAUUGAGUAUUCAAAUUCAUUCCAAACAUUCAUUCGAUUCUCAUUCUGGUCCUCCAUCUUAUCGAUAUUCAACUACACCUUCUCCUUCUAUCCCCGCUUCAUCUAGAGACAGUAUCAAUUCCAAUUCAACGAGACUUCAAACACCUAUCAAUCAUUCUCAACAUCAUCAUCCUUCUUCGUCUUCGGUUGUAUCUCAAGAAUACUCAAUUACAGAUCCUUUCCAAACCAAUUCCCAUUCAAAAAUGACGACUACCGCCACUCAGCUACCUCAAUACAAUAACACAUGUACGUUUACAGAUACGCACUCAACCCCUCAUCAUCAACCUUACCAUCUCCCGAUCGAUUACAUGCACGAGACACCCAAUCAAUAUGGGCACACGUACGAUCAAUCGAUGUUACACAAUCAACAACACCUUGGUGUCCAAGGGUGGGAAUCUAUGAUUUCACCUUUCACCAUCAACCCUCAACUCAUGGAACCAUCGCCUUGUCGUAGUCUUAGUCCUGAGUCCAAUGUCUCUUGUUCCCCUGCGAUCAUCGCCACUGAAGAGGUUCCUCCCCAUCCUCCUUCUACCGCUACUUCUGCAACCCAAAUCGCACCUCGCAUGGUAAUUACCAAGUCCAAUACCCCUUCUUCGACUGUUGAAUGGUAUGAUGGACCUUCCGGAUGGAUUCGAUCAGUCGCUGAAUCACAUAAACAGAGAAGAGAAUCUUACUUGGCCAAUCCCAAAGCAUGGCCAAAAGGUGAAGGUGAACCUAAGGAAUUACAACCCCUCACGGAUCAUUGUCGAUUCCCUCAUCUUUGGGAAGUCGAACAAGCCAGAAAGGAUCUGACUGAAGAUGCAGUAGUGGCAAAGUUGAUGAAGAAAUCUGAAGCGACUAUUGCAAAGGAAUUUGCAAGGUGUCAAAAAGCCGGAGAAGAAUUCAAACCACCUAGACCCAUGAACAGCGCAAUGGCUUUUGCCGAUUUCCGAAGACCUCAAUGGGGGGAUAUGUACUCUGAUAUGAAGACUGGCUCGAUCUCCACCUGGUUAUCUGCCGAGUGGCGAGCAUUGAAAGACCUUAGACCGGAAGAAUUCGAAUGGUGGACAAGAGUUUCGAAGAAGUAUUGGGACAAGUAUGUCGAAGAUUACGAUUACAAGUUUACUCGAGCCCCCAAUGGAGAAGGGAAAGGUUCCAAGAAGAGAAAAGCCAAAGCGAAGGAGAAUGCUGCAAGGGAAAAAGCAAUUAGAUUGUCUAAUGAGGCUGCUCGACGAUCUUCUAGACGUUCAACUUCGACUAGGGGUAGCUUAGCACCUCCGAUGAACAUCAUCUUACCUGAGCAAAACCAUCACUCGGAUCAAUAUCAACCAUUUGGAAGUCCCAACGUACUUGGUUUAAGUGGUAUGCCCGCACACCACCUGACUCCCACUGCCACACUCACUCCCACGCACAACGGCCAGAUCGCCUAUGCUACUGGAUAUUUUGAUGGAUACACUUUCCCUAUGACUGAGGGAUCGAGAACACCCUCUCCACCUCAGUUACUUACUCCGCUUGAAGCUCCUCACUCAUCCCAUGGAUCCCAUGGUCAUCACUCUCACUCACCAGGUCCAAGCCCGUAUGCCCAAGCAGCGUACUUUUACCCCACCCAAGCUCAGAUGAAUUACGCCCAUCAACAGGCUCAACAACAACAACUACACCAACACCAACAACAACCGCACCAUCACCAGCAACAGCUUCAGCUGAAUUACUGUCACAACGCUCCUCAUACUGGUUAUUACCAACCUGCCCCACCUCCUACAGCCCACGAGUACUACACUCAUCAUCAACCCCCUGCACAACACCUACAUCAACAAAUUGGUACGAUAGGCCAUCACAUACCUACCCUGGCACCUCAUAAUGUCCCUUCACCGCAAUAG